AUGGCAUUGGGUAAAAAAGUGGGUGCGGCCUGUCGGGCAAUGGGAAUUCUUGGAAUUGAUGAAUCGAAAGUAAAAUCAGUGCUAAAGAAACUCCUCAGAGUGUUUGAUAAAAACUGGGAACUUAUAGAGGCAGAGAACUAUAGAGUUCUAGUAGAUGCAAUAUUUGAAGAUGACGAUAAUGUGGAAGAUGAGACAGAGUGUGAAGAGGCUCAAAUGCAUAUUGAAAGAGACCGACCUUUAAAAAGGUUGCGAUUAAGAGGCCAAGGAAGUCAAUCUUUGCACCCUCUGACUUACAGUGCCACCAGCCCUCCAUCAAAAAGGCCUAAAUUAGAAGAUAAUGCAUCACACGAAGCUUCUUCUGGGAAGAAACCUCAAGACAAACCAGAGUCAUCUGAUGGGAAUCCAAGGAUUGAAGCAGGGCUACUUCGACCAGAAUAUGACAUUGUUGAUAAGGGAAAGCAACCUGCAUCAACCCAAGUUUUGCAAAGAGGAAGGAAACUUACAUCUGAAAGAGCGUAUCCAUCCACACCACCUACUGAACGAAUAGUGGAGGCAGGGAGGUUUCUGUUGCCAAACAACGAAGUGCCUCGUACUCAUACACUAAUCAUACCCAAGGAUGAGCCUAUUGAUGAAGUGCCUGAUUACGAAAUGCCCAUGCCCAUUGCAGUGAUUCUUCCUGAACCAUCAAGUGUAAGGGACUCGUCAUUGAAGAAUUGUGUAACUGGAAAGCAUGUUAGCCACGUUGAUGUGACAUCAUCAGAAUGUAGAGAUGAAGUCAGAGAUGAAGAUAUUACUCCUACCUCAAAUAUAAUAUCAUCCAAACGCAGAGAUGGAGUCAGAGAUGAAGAUGUUAUUCCUAACAAAAAUGAAGAAGCCACUUGUAAUGUUGAGAUCGCAUCAUCAAACCUUGGAGAGUUAAAAUUUUCUUUGAUCUGCAGUUUAGCUCUUCAGGGAUCACAUUUUCGUAUGCCUAGUCGAGAUCAACUCAUAGAAAUGAUGGAGGAUAAAUGCCUGCGUUCAUAUAAGAUCGCUGACCCAAAUUUCUGUGUCAGGAAACUGUUGAGAGAUAUAUGCGAUUGCAUGCCAUUUUUCACCCUUACUACAUUAGUUGGCAAGAUGAUGGAUUUGAUUGAAUGA